AUGAAGAUUUCUCUUCUGCAGCAGAUGUAUAAGGAUGUACUGGUAGGCAUUCCACUAGCAAAGGAAAGCCAUCAUUAUAGCUCUUUACUUGAUCUGUGUGUUGAGCUGUCACCAGCAGGAGAUGAAGUAUGUCCUCCAAUGCAUCUGCCAUCUACUAGUGAUGUUCUUAGGAGCCACCAGGAAACUGACAUGUCAGAAGUGGCUGUCCCUACAGCAGAUGAUAUAUCACAUAGCUUUGCAAACAUGAACCCCUCAUUCUGUCCACGAGAAGUGAUGCUGCUUCAAUUAACCUUGAUCAAGAUGAUGGUUGAUAAAGCAGAUUCCCAGGAAAUUGAAUUCAGUAUGAGGCAGAAGUACUGUGAAAUCUUUAUCCUCCUUCUGAAUGAGGGAAAAAUCAACUCAAAAUUGAUUUGCCUGCUCUGUAGCUGUGAUCAGCUGUUAUCUCAUAUGGCUUCGAAAAGUUUAGCAUCUCUUGUGUAUUUCCAGCUGAAGGAAGAGAACACCUUAAAUGUCACCUGGCUCGACUUUAGUUUGAAGACUCUUUCAGAAUUCCCUGUAAAAGCCUGGGUAGCAGGAUGUCUGUGGACUCUUACAACUAUUAUCAAGGACAUACUGAAAGACCAAGUUUUACCCAAAGCAGGUAUUUUGCAGAAGUUGUUGGCUCCUCUUGAUGCUGUCCUUGAAGGAUUUUUUAAUUCCAUUCUGUUCCAUCGUUUUGACAGUCACCACUAUACUUCACCUUAUUCUGAAGCUGCAAACAAUUUGAUCAGUUUUGUAGAUCUGCUUGAAGAACUUUUGGCUUCCAGAAUUGAAUUAGAAAUACCUCUUAGAUGCCAGAGAGUAUUGUUUUUGAAAAUUUCUUAUGUUCUGAACCUCAUUAGCUCAUCAGUUCACUAUUUAAUCAAGAAGAAGUUCAUUAUGCUCCUUAAAAAAUGUGUCCUUUACAAGUCUAGAGAAGAUGCUAAAAGUGGAUCACUGCUCUCGCAAAACCCACCUUUACAUGAAGAUAUGCUGGAGCUGAGUAAUGCUGUUCUGGAAGUGAUGAAUUUGACUUGGCUCAAUCAGAUCCCACUGGGUGGAAGGACCAGCUGCUUCGGGGGCGGGGAUGCUUCUCCUGGAGGUGAUGCUCAGGGUGGGUCCGACCAAACUGUUCUCAGAGCCUUAAGUCUGGUUGUGCUUAAAGCACUGGAAUUCAAGUUUCAGAACUCUGCUGCAGAAGCUGAAAUCAAAGGAGACUUUCAGAGUUCCAUGUCCCAUCUGUUGGUGUUCUGGAGAAGUCAUCUGAAGUCUUUCCCACAGUCUCACCCUGUUGUACAUCACUGUGAAUGGCUCUCCUUGGUUUUCAUAGAGCAAGAUGAUGAUAUGUGGGAAGCAGCUAAAGCUUUGCUACUCAUUUAUUUAAAUAUUAACAGGUUACAGCACGAUGUUGCUGGUAACUUAAGACAAACAGAAGAAACCUGGAGCUUCCUUACACAUGAAGGUGGAUAUAAUCCUCACUGUAUCUUUUUGUUUUUUCUAGAAAAAAUUGCAUUUGAUUCCACAGUACUUCUAGAUUUUUUAAUUUCCUCAGAAACUUGCUUUCUGGAGUACUUGGUGAGGUACUUAAAGCUUCUUAGAAAAGACUGGCAGCAGUUUGUAAAUGUCUGUGACCGUUUUGAUACCAAGCAUGGCACAUCUCAAUCAAUUCUUUCUGUCAAGCCAAGAUAUCAAGAAAAACAAAGCUGUGUGACUGGUGAGAGUUUGCAGAAUGCAUGUGAACAAGAACCACAGACUCUGGAAUCUUUGGCUCCUUCUCAGAAUUGCUUAGUGUUUAGAAUAGAACAAGGUGAUAAUGAAGUUGCAGAGUCUAACCAGUCUAACUCAUUGAUAUGCACUGAUAAUACUUCUCUGCCGGGAUCUCUUCAAAGCCUUGUUAAUUAUGACUGCUCAGAAGACUCUGAAUUCGAAUCAGAUGGAGAGAAGUGCUUGGUAAACACAAAACAGGUGCCUUUAAAUAAUCAGGGUGAAGCAAGGAGGAGGGAAGCUGGUUGCAGCUACACAGACAAUAAAAGGAAUACAAUCAAGUCUGAGCUGUUGCCUCUGAAGCAAAAGACAUCUCAUACUUCAUCCUGUUUGACUUGUGUGGUGUCUUCAGAUAACAUGACUCCCCUAAGAAUAAUGCUUUACAAAUCAACAAAAUGUUUGGAAGAACUGCAAGAAGCUAUUUCUAGAUUGCAGAGAAGAAAUCUUUUCCCAUAUAAUCCAUCUGCAUUGUUGAAACUACUGAACCAUAUUGAGAAGAUCAGUAAGAACCUGAAUCCCCAAUGA